CCUGAGGGAGAGAAGAUCGAAGGCGAACAGACGAGGUAUCGACAAGAAAGCAGAUAGAGAGAUAGAAGAUGGGCAUCUACACAGCUCACUGCUGCGGGCUCCUGCUUGUAUUUCUCCUCCAGGUCCACGCUAGACCCAGUGCCCAGCAAAACCUCCAGGAUUUGACUCAACGACUGGAGGAAGUUGAGCGCUUUCUGACUGAUGAAGAGGCCGACGCCGAAGCAGACGACACAUCACCGAUCGACACCUCCUUCCAUCUGCAAGAUGGCCAACGUGAACUGGAACGAGGAUGGGACAGGGACUCGCAGGACCUCGAAAGCAGACACACCGUUUCUGAUGGUUCACUGCUUAGAAUCCUCCAAGACAUUGCCAACGGUCCUCUCAGAUCCAGGAGCAGAAGUAAGAAAGGGUCAUCACGAGGCUGCUUUGGAAUGAAGAUGGAUAGAAUUGGUGCAAUGAGUAGCCUGGGAUGUUGAUCGUGUCACUUUAGGGCUUCAGUGAAAGCGCGGGACAGCGAGGACAACGCACUUUCCACACUUCAAAGUUUACUUCCACAACAGCUCUUUCGACUCGUUUUCUGCAAACCUAUUGUUAAGCUCUAGUGACACCGUAGGAUGUUUACAAGUUUGAUUUCGCUGGCAACCAUCCUUAAUAGGAUCGUGUAAAUGUUCCCGAAUUUAAUUUUUGUUUGUAUGAACAGCUAUUUAUAUUAAUUUAAGAGAAAUGUAUUUAUUUGAAACUCAUCUGUGUGAUGUUCGUCUAACUGUUGGAACGCGAAGUUGGUGCACUUGAUGUGGAAGUCAAAAUAAGCCAAUAGUUGUAAAAUUAACCAGGACACGCUAACAAUACAUUAUUUAUUUUAUUUGUACUUUUCCAUCAAUGCUGAAUUUUGUUCAUGACAUCUUCAGCGUGUGAGAUAUGAAAACAUCCUUCAUUUACUUUUGGCUAAUCCUUACCAUUGAAAAUCAAUGUUGUUUCAUGAGGGUGUGGGAUGAAGAUCGAUAGUUCACCAUGCUUUUCAUUUUUAGGUGGGUGUACAAUAAAAGCACAAAGCAAAAGAAGGGGUUGAUAAAAACAUCACCAGUAACAAUUGAAACCACUUUAUAAAUGAUAAUAUACUUCCAUCCCGGCACCUUAGAUGGUUAUGAAGAUGCAUCGAGCUUGUUGAGGCGACCGCCAAUUGACUGCAUCUGUGCUUCACGCUGCCUCGGGAAAUCAGCCAACAUAAGCAAUGACCAGGCAUACAUAAUCAAUGACCCCGCAUACACACCACGGCCAAUCCCAUCUCUCAGAAGCACCUAUCAUCAAAUUCAAGAAAAGCUCCCUCCCGCUGUUAUCAGACUGGUGGACGGACCUCUUAUAUGCUGAGGAUGUAUUCCCGAUCUCCCGAUCUACCUCGUCGCGGCCCUUGCACUUUUCACCAGUACUUUCUCUGUAGCUGUAACACUAUAUUCUGCACUCUGUUUCCUUUCUCUUCUUGCACUACCAGUUGUACUCGUGUAUGAUGUGAUUAACCUGGAUAGCACUCAGAACUAAGUGUUUCAUUGUAUCUCGGUACGUUGACAAUAAUAAAGCAAUGCCAAAAAAAA